AUGCGCGGCGCGGGGAAGGGGGGCUCAAACCGCCCGCCUUGCCCCGCGCAUGCGCGGCCGCCGCUGCGGGGAGGAGGCGCUACUGCGCCUGCGCGCGCCCGCCGGGCCCGCGGGGCUCUUAAAGGAGCCGCGUCCCGGUCCCGACCGCGGCCGCCGGUACCGGGAAUGGAGGCGGCGGCGGCGGCGGCGGCACCGGGCUGGCGCUGCCGGCCCGGGGGACGGCUGGACAUGAGCCACGGCUUCGUGCGGCACAUCCGCCGCAACCAGCUCGCCAGGGACGCGUACGAGCGCGCGGUGCGGCAGGCGCGGGGCCGAGCGCGGACGCGGCUGACCCCGGGCCCGGCGCGGCCCCGGCGGCCCGACCAGCCGGUGUACCGGCCCCAGCGGGGCGGCGGCGGGCCCGGGGCCGAUGCCAGCGCGGGGCCGCCCCCCGCGGGCGGCGGGGCCCCCCCGGAGCCGGCCCGGGGACCGCGGCUCUUCUGCCUCGAGUACGAGGGGGACGACGGGCGGGUCACGGCCGUGAUCGUGCACCAGGGGGACAGCGCUGAGGAGGUGACCCGCCGGGUGUGCGCCCGGAGCCCGCUGGAGCCGCCGCUGCGCCGGGCCCUGUGCCAGCGCGUGCAGGACGAGCUCAGCAAGCGCCGGGGCACCGGGUGACACUGCAGCAGCCCCCGACGCUGCCACCCCCGUGGUGACACACCGCAGCCCCCGACGCUGCCACCCCCGCGGUGACACCGCUGCGGCCCCGGACGCUGCCACCCCCACGGGACCGCCGCUGUCCCCCCACCCCGCCGUCAAUAAAGGUGCUGCGAGGCUCUGGUUCUUUCA